AGCGGGACAGUCGGACCGCGGCGGGACAGUGGGACGGUUCCCAGCCGAGGUGGCGGCUGGAGCGCUCCGGUGGGGGUACUCCAGCCAAUUUGUUUGCGAGUUGCUUUGUUGCUGCUGGGGGAUUUUUUUUUUUUUUUUUAUUAUUAUUAUUUUGAAGGGGGGGGGGGUGAGGAGGGGGGGGCUGGCACCAGCUAUAAAGGCAGAGCUCCCCGGAGCAGCCGGCACUUCCCCGCCACCAUGAGCGCUCCCCUGGCCUGACAGCCCCUGCUUCCCCGGGGCUCGCCGGCUCAUGCCACCAUAAAGCGGGGCUGCGUGCCUGCGGCAGCACCGGGGUGGGAUGGUGUGAGCCCGGAGCAGCUCUCCUCCCUCCCACCGCCCCUCGGCUGGCUCUGGCAGGAGGCGAGCCCGCCAGCCGCUUGGAUGAUUUGAUUUCUUCCCUGCCCGAAAUUACUCCUGCCCAGAUGCAGUGGAUAAUAUUCAUGUUGCUGUUAUUCAUCAGCUCCAUGGAAAUGCUCACGCAGAACCGAUGGAAGAAGCAAGCGAGCGCCGGGCUGCUGGAGAACUGCACGGGCUGCGUCCUGUGCUCGGAGGACAACGGCUGCAUCACCUGCCACCACCGGCUCUUCCUGCUCAUCUGGAGGGACGGCAUCCGCCAGUACGGCAUGUGCGUCCACACCUGCCCCCCCGGCUACUUCGGUGUGCGAGGGCUGGAGGUCAACAGAUGCACAAAGUGCAGGUCGCCCAGCUGCGAGAGCUGCUUCAGCAGAGACUUCUGCAUGAAGUGCAAAGACAAGUUUUACUUGCACAAGGGCCAGUGUUUUCGGCAGUGCCCCCCCAGCACCACGGUGCAGCCCGGCACCCGCGAGUGCCAAGAGACGUGCGAGCCGGGACCGUGGAGCGAGUGGAGCGCCUGCACCCACGAGGGCCGGACCUGCGGCUGCAAGUGGGGUGUGGAGACACGGGUCCGGGAGGUGCCAGGGGCCGCCCGGGAGGAGGGGGCCGCCUGUCCCGCGCUGCUGGAGACGAGGAAGUGCCGGAUGAGGAAGCACUGCCCGGGAGAGAAAACUGAACCCAAAAAUAAAGGCAAAAAGCGACAGAAGAAGCCGAAGACAGAACCGCAUGCGGGUACCUAGCGGCACUGGCAUGGGAGCCGGGGCAGCACGGCGGGAGCCGGUCGGGAGCUCACCGUGCUGCCAGCCGGCGGCACGGUGAGCUCCCGACCGGCUCCCGCCGUGCUGCCCCGGCCUCAUCACCCCCAUUUUUCCAUCCACAAAAAAAUUGCACAAUUUUCUCCCCCUCCUCCCCUUUUCUUCUGAGACAAUUUAUGGCCUGUAAAACAUUUCCUUUUCAGAAAAUCUAAUUUACAGUGUCCAAAGCAAUGCCCUGGGGCUCGGGGAGGGGGUGGCUCCUUUAUUUUUCUGUUUUUCCCUCUCCCCCAACCUUCUCGGUCCCUUCCCUUGCUCCAGCCGGGUGGGAUGGGGUUGAUCCCAGGGUUGGACCCCAUGCCUGCCUGGGUACCGUCCCCCAGGGCUGGGAGAUGCCCUGUCUCCACGGUGUCCCGAUGGCACAGGGGUGCUGGGGUGCACAGCGUGCCACCGAACUGCUCUGGGUGCCAGAUAGGGUCCCCCAUCCUCAGCCAGCGGCACAGAGGGUGGUGGGACCCCCAGACCGGGACCCCACUGGGGACCAUGCAACCGCUUAUGGCAGCCCAGCGCAGCACUCGGCAUCCCCAUCAGCACAACCAUGGGCCAAAUCCUGCCAUCCUCGGGCUCGCAGCCUGCAGAAGGCUGGAAGAGCUCCCCUCCCCAGCUGAAUGUGGGCGCAGGAAUUUGGGGUGGCCGUGGCUGCAUUCGGUCCAGGACAAGGGGUGCGUACCCCGGAGCGAGCCCAGGUGGGGGAUGCUGCUGCCUCCUGCGCUGGGAGCGGCCACCACAGCCCCCUCCCAAAUGUCACCUGGGACACGACCUGGGGGUGCUGAGCCUGGCCCCGUGCCAGCGCAUCCCUCCGAGCCGACUGCCUGCAGAAAUAAACAGCGUACAUCCAUGAGGCAUGGAGGGCUGUAUCGGCACAUUUAACGUGUGUUUUGCUCAAACUGCUGCCCCAGCCACAGGCAUCGCUGUAUUUGGGGGCUUCCUGGGCUCAGAGUCCCCCGUCCCUGCUCCGAGCGUGGGCAGGGGGAGGCCAGG